CUCCCUCCAUCCAUCCACCCCUGACCGGGCCUGCGAGGGAGGAUGGCGGCCGCCGCGGAGGGUUAAGCGGGCUGCAUGGAGCCUGUCGGAAGCGGCGGCGGCGGCGGCACUACUGGCAGCGGGAACGGCUGCUACUCCUACUACGGCCGGUUGACGGAAGGCAGGAGCCCAGGCGAAGGAGGAGGCAAGGCCGUCGCGGUUGAGGGCGCAGAAGGGGAAGCCGGAUCCGAACCCGCCGCCGCGGCUGCUCCGGGGUGCUGGAAGAAGGGCUUCUCGGGAGGUGCACCGCUGCGGGGCCCUGGCCACCGCCCGGUUAGCGCCCUCGGGCCCUGCUCAAAUCUAAAGGUUUUUCUUGAGAGGGACUUAUCGAAAGAGCGUCAUGAGUUGCUAAAAGAUCAACGAUUAUAUCGUAAUCAAGCACGAAAACAUUCCAUAGAAACAAAUAAAAGAAGGAGAGCACUUGAAGAAAAAUGGAAGGAGGAUGAAGAAAAAGAACGAAAAUUUAGGGAACAAAUUUUGCUGCAACGAAAACUGAAACUUCAAGAAGCCACUGAAAAGUUCCAGCGUGGUCAUCUCCCAUCUUCACAGCGGAAGAGAGGAGUGCAGAGAAUACCAGAACCUAAAUUGGAUGAAGCUCUUCAGAAAAUUCAGUCAACAGGAUUACAGUUGUCAUCACUCAGAGUUAUUGAAAGAAAUGAUCCUUUCCAUUGGAAGCAGGGCUCAGCAAAAGCUGCCUGUGGUAGGAUAAAGCAGGAAAGCAACAGGGCAAAUCCGGACAGGGACCCGCUGCUGUUCCAACAAAAUUUGGAUGAAAUGCAGCAGCAGCUGCAAAAACAGCAUUUCAGCAACCUCCAGGAUCUGCAUCAAGAAGGAAAUGAAGCACGCUGCUCAGAAAGCGUUUGCAGUGUGGACAGUCUUGAGGCUGGAGAACCAAAUGGAAGUUGUGUGACACCCAGUGAAACAUCAUUGUUAUCUGCACAGUUGGACUCUUCAGGCCACAACUCACAGGAACAACAGAGGAGAGCUGAUGAGGCUGACAUAACUUUUUCUAAAAAUCAGCAUGUAAAUAAUUGGCUCAAAAAUUUAAAUACUUCAGCUGUCCCAACAACUUCUCCUUUCCGUGAUAUUUUGAUUAAAUACAAUGUUGUGCCUUCUGAUGAAGACACACACAGUCCUGGCUGGAAAUCAUCUGUUCUAAGCACAUCUGAACAAACAGAGACUGAGAGAUGCGCUUCUGAUGGUAAUCUAACUUUUGCAAAAAAUACAAGAGAAGGAAAAAGCUUUCUGUUGAAACAUCCAUCUUCAGGAACAGUUAGCUCAAAAAGCCCUCCAGCUACUGACACAGCAGUUCUCAAAUUAAACAAAGCUUGGACUAUUCCCAAUCCUUCUCCACUUGUUGCAAGCCAGUUGGUGAAUUCUGAGCUGCAGGACAACACACUCUCACCAGCACAAGCCCCUAGUCAUCAUGUAGCAACCUCUUCCUCUGCAGGCUUUCUUACCAUAGACCGGAGUACCACUGCCCAUUAUAGUAACAGCUUCUUGCUGAGUUGUCUGCCGAAGGGGAAGGAGGCCCAUGCAGCAAGGUGUACUGAAGAUACAGACUAUGUGGCAGAUGAUAAAGAUGAAAAAUAUGUUGACCAUGUUAAUAUUGAAGCAUCCUUGUUUGAAGAGACACAUAAAGGCAGUAUCAAUCAACAGAAAGACAACAGAGAGGAAAAAGUGAAGGAAAUUAUUUUCUCUGUGCCUCAUGGAGGCCUCACAUCCAGUUUCUCUGAAUUUGACCAACAAAGGAAUGAUGACCCCAGCGAGAGAAAGGUAGUGAAGCUGCCAAAAAGCAUUUUGAAAAAAGGAUCUAAAUAUGAAGCUGGCUGUUUCAAAGCAGUAGUUGUAAACAGAGGGAUCAGAUUUGGUCCUCAGCCUGUGUCUGCUGCUAGAGAUAGUGUUGAAUUGGCAAAAAUAAAAGGGAAGGAUGCAGAUAUUCAAAAGAAUGGUAAAAAGCUUAGGUGGUUUGAUGAAAUUGACCAAGCAGAAGAUGCUAACGAUGAGGAAAAAUGUUCUGAACAAAGUGUCACUGAAAUAACUGAGUCACAGCUCCAGUCGCCUAGCUUUCAAAUUACCGGCACCACUUCUGGAAUUAAUCUUACGAACUCUUCCUCUUAUACACUCAAUUCUGCUUUCCUGGAAAAUCCUGAAGAGAAUUCUGAGAAAUCUGCCAAACUUUCUACUGUUGGAGGUGCUGAAAGAGAUAAUGUCAUGCAGAAUGCAUUUUUGUCCCCAGGAUAUCAUGUUGCUAAAGAGGCCUGGAUGGCACCAAGAACUGAAGAAAUUAUACCUAUUCUUUAUAAUGGUGACCCCAAAAAUCCAAAAACCAAUCCACGCAAAGGUAGAAUGAAAAUUGUUAAAAGACCAAAAUCUGCCAAAGCCCAACCUUCAGCUUCAAUAACUAAAAACCGGAAGGGUACCAUUAUCCGUCCACAAUCAGCUAAUGAAGCCACCAAAGUCAUAAAGACCCAGGGUAAGUUAAUAGUGCCACACCCUCCAUGGAAACCUUUACUUAGUAAAAGGCCAGAUGAAAAUUCUGUAGGCAGUACAUAUCGGACUCUUUGCAAACCUCAUGCAGAUACUGAAAAUGGAAGACACCUGUCAGAAGGGCAAGAUUUGGGUAGAGACACUGAAGAAGGUCCUUCACCAUCAAGUGAAGGACCUUCUCACACACCUACAAUGCAGCCUUCCUAUAGUGUAUUUACCUAUGCACCCUUGACAAAGGCAAAGAGCACUGGAAAUACUACUCACUCAAUUGCCCGCUGCAACAGCUUUCCGAAAAGAAACUCUGUGCACUCAGGAAAUGGAUUAUGUUCAAAUCGCACACCAACUGAUGAAGAAAUCACAGUUUUGUGGCAAGGAGUGCAUCAUGCACUGGCUCAAAAGGAUGGUGCUGCUGGGGAUUCACAGCAUAAUGCUGCUGUGUGUAAUAACACAAAUAAUAGAGACUUGCAACCCACAAGACCUAACGUGGCUCACAUCACUAUUGACGGUGGAAAUCUAAUUGGCAAUAUUAAAUCAGGUGUCAGGGCGAAUGCAGCUUUUUCUUCACAGCCAAGCACUUCUGUUGCUUUUGCAAGACGAAAACAGAUUAUUGAAAAUAAUGCAAAUAAACGAAAGGCCCUCUUAGAACAGAGAAGACAAAUGGCAGCAUCUGCAGGACAGAAGCCUAAUGCUGUUGGAGAGAGUAUGGCACAAGCUGUGAAACGUGCACAGUCUCAGUGUGCAUACGAGCAAGUGGGUGGCAUUGGGAGUUCUGAAGAAGUUUCAGACAGCAUGAAACAGUUUCUGCUAGCAGAAAAUCUGGUGAACUUGUCAGCUACAGAAAGUGAAAUCUUGACUGGUUUGGACACAGCCCACCCAUACAAUCAGACAAAGGUGCUAAACAGACCUCUGCAACAAGGAAUGAGCGUACUGUCAUUUGAAGAACACAAAGUUCUUCAGUCACUUGACCGUAUUAAUCAAAGGUUGCAUGAUGUUCAAGAAAAAAUGAACAGAAACCCAGCAUCUACGGGUGUUUUUCAGACUAUUUCCCCUUUGGUCACAUCUCCCUCAUAUAUGGACCUCAUACCACCCACGCAAAGGUAUAAGAGUAUAACAAAUGCCACCAGUACCCUAAGGCAGAAAAGAUACUGAUUUCGGCUCACUAUUGAUCUGGGAUUUAUUUUAAUGUAUUCUUGGCAGUGAUCUUUAUAACAUGUAAUUAUUUGCUACAUGCCUUAAAUGCUAUUUAAAAAUAAUUCAAACAAAAUAAAGAUGUAAUACAAGUAUUAACUGCUUGUUACCUAGUUUACAUAUAUGGCAGGA